AUGAAAAUGGAGGAAGGCAUGCAGCUGAUUGAUGAAAAUGGCAAGUUCAACAUGGAAGGACUCCAAGACUUCAUGACGACUACCGAGUUCGCUCAGUCCCAUCUCUCCUAUGCUAUUGUUGCCAUCAUCGGCUCGCAAAGUAGCGGGAAAAGCACCCUACUGAAUCAGACCUUCCAUACCAAUUUCGAGGAGAUGGAUGCAUACAAAGGAAGAGGUCAAACAACCAAGGGCAUUUGGAUUGCAAAGUGUAGCGAUAUUGACCCUUUCACAAUUGCCAUGGAUUUCGAAGGAACCGACAGCAAUCAAAGAGGCGAGGAAGACACUGCAUUCGAGAAACAAAGUACCCUAUUUGCUUUGGCAGUUGCAGACAUUGUAUUGAUAAACAUGCAGUGGCCAAGACUGGCUUUGGCUAUGCAAUUAUUGGCCCAUAUUGUUGAGUUUAGCGUAUCUCUGGUACCACAUGUAGAGUUUGAGACUCCUUUGGAAUAUUUAGAGACUGCUCUCUUAGAAGAUAUUGAGAAGAUAUGGGUCACAGUUACUGAACCAGAGACUCAUGAAAGUGCUCUUCUCAGUGAUUUUUUUAAGGUGGAGAUCACUGCUUUGUCUAGCUACGAAUUUGAAGAGGAGAAGUUUAAACAGCAGGUUGCUCAACUGAGGCAGCGGUUUGUCCAUUCCAUUUAUCCGGGAGGUCUUGUUAGUGAGAGGCGGGAAGUUGAACCUGCUUCAGCAUUUUCUAUUCGUGCAGAGAUGAUAUGGCAAACAAUAAAAGAUAACAAGGACCUAGAUCUUCCUGAUCUCAAGGUCAUGGUUGCUACUGUUCGAUGUGAAGAGGUUUCUGAGGAAAAGCUCAAACGCUUUACAUCCGAUAAGGAUUGGUUAGCUAUGAAAGAAGCUGUUCAAGCUGGUCCAGUAUCUGGAUUUGGAGGAAAAGUCAGUUCUAUUUUGGAAAACUAUAUUUCUGAAUAUGAUAUGGAGGUGAACUAUUUUGAUCAAGAAGUACGGAAUGCAAAACGGGGACAGUUGUUGUCAAAAGCAUUGAUGGUAGCUGACAUAAGCUUCUCAUUUGGUGCUGGAUUAUAUCAUUCUAUUGAUGGGAUCUUGGUUGUUAAAAGUUUUAAAGCUAGGCUGGAAGAGUCACUGAAUGAAGGACAAGAAUAUGCUGCUUCUAUUCGUCUCUGUUCUGAAUCUUGCAUACACGAGUUUGAUCAAGGAUGUGAAGAUGCUGCCAUUCGACAGAGUGGGUGGAACGCUUCGAAAUUCCGGGAAGAAGUUAUUUUUUAUAUGUUGUCAGAAUUGGUGCCAAUGUACGAGAAACAACUCACUCAUGCGCUCGAGAAAAGAGUAGAAUCCUUGAUCGAAGCUGGUGAAAGAGAUACAUGGGCAUCAAUAAGAGAUCUUCUUGAGUGCAAUACUGAGGCUACUGUAUCAGAGUUUUCAGAUGCUGUUGCCAGUUUCGAGUUGCCUAGUUCUGCAAUCGACACUAAAUUGCAACAUUUGAGGGAGUAUGCCAGAAAUAUAGUGGAGAAAAAGGCAAGAGAAGCAGCAGAUGCAGAGAGAGUUCUGAUGCACAUGAUGGAUAGGUUCACAAGGUUUUUCAAUCUUGAUGAAAUGCCAAUAUCAUGGUAUCAUUUUACGACAGAAAAAAACAUUGAUGAAAUUGAAAGGAAUGCACUCUCUGCGUCUUUGAAAUUUCUAUCAAUCAUAGCAGCCAUUCGCUUAGAUGAUACGCCAGAUCAGAUUGAGAAUGUACUCUUUUCCUCUCUUAUGGGUAGAAAUGUUCCAUCUUCCCGAGAUACUGGCAUACGAACAACUACAGACCCUCUUGCCUCAGACACAUGGGAAGAGGUUUCCCCAAAGGCUACUACUCUGCUCAAACCAGAGGACUGCAAGUCACUGUGGAUGAAGUUCAAAGAAAACGUAGAGUUUAUGGUGACCAGCGCUAGAUCCAGUCAGGAUGCUCGCCGUCGAACUCGAAGGGAGAUUCUUGCAGGGUUAGCGGCUGGGGUUGUGGUGGUGGGAGGGGUAGUAGCAGUGGGUCCUGCUGCAGCUGUAGCAGCAGUUACAAGGCCAGCAGUGGUAACAGCAUUUCGAACUGUUGCAACGCGAGCGAUUUUCCGAUUUUGA